AUGCAAAAUAUUUUAUUACCAUAUUCAAAGGAACUUUAAAGUAAAAUAACUUCUUUAUGAAAGGACUUGAAACUAGAAUUGAAAAUAAGGCUUAGAGCGGAGUAUAUUCAAAUCCUCUAUAAGGUAAAUAAAUUAAUAACUUUAGAACAAAUGCAAAGAGCAAAACUCAAUAUCGUACGAUUAGAAUCCAUUCAUUUGAAAAAAAAAAAAUUAAGUUCCGAUUACACUGAAAAGCUAUAGAAGUUAAAUGAAAAAAUAUCUAACUAAAUGGAAACCAGUUAGCAGAAAAAAGACGAAAAGUUAAAUGCCUUACAGAAUAAAUUGAAAAAGCUUAAUUAACCAAAAAAACCUCUUUAAAUAUCGUUUCAAGAAGAGACUAGUGGCAGAUAAUAAGAGUCUCCGAUUAAAAAGGAAAUUUAAUAGACUCCUUAAAACAAGGCUGUUUAGAAAUCGGAGAUUUAUGAGCAUAAAAUUCAAAAGAUUAAACUCGCUGAACCAAAAAAAUUGAAUGAGGUAUAAUUAAUGAAUUAUUAAAGAAUGAAUUAUUCGAUUAGUUGAAUAGGAGUAUGGAUGCUGCAAAGUAAAGGAAAUCUGAGCGAAUUGAUAUUAUUAAAAAAAAGUUGCAUGGUCAAGAUGAAAUUGUAUUGAUUGAUAUAGAAUUUAGGUUCAUUAACAUAUUGAAAAGUCGUAAAAAAAUAAAGAAGAAUUAGAAUAAUAAAAAUUAAAUUAGAUUUAUUAGAAAUUAUUACAUUUAACAUAAAGGACUUAAGAUAAAUAAACGAAACAGUAGAGUAAAGAAAGAAGAAAAUCAACGUAUUAGGAAUUAUCAAAUAGUGGAUCAUAAAAUAAGUAUAAGGAAUUAAAAUAGCAAGAUUCAAAAACAGAAUCAAUUAGAACAGCGAAAUCUGUUUAAAAUGAUUAUAAAUUUAUAUAAGUGAGGCAGAGAUUAGAAAAAUUAAAUAAUGAAAGGGAAAUGUAAGCUUAAAGCAUUCUAGACAAACAUUAGCAAUAUUCAACUAGAAUUCAAUAAAAUAAACAAUUAUUAGAUGAAUUAGCUAAUACGUGUUAAUAUUAUAAUUUUAAGAUCAAAGAAUAAUAUUUGUUAUGAUUUAUUUAUUUAUUAUACAUAUAAAAAAUUGUCGAAGAUAAUUUACGCCUUAUCAAUUAUAUAAAUAGCUUGUUUUAUUAUGCUCAAACAAAACUCAAACAAAGCUUUGUUCUAGUGUAGUUUAAAAUGAAAGUUAAAUCCAUUAUUAAUUUACAAACAUAUAUUAGAUUUUUAAACUUUUUGGAAUACAAAGCAGAGAAUGUAUUUUGAAAUUUGAAUAAAUUAGCUGGUAAUCGAUUGAGAGAACAAUUGUGGAAUAAAAAUAAUUUCAAAAAUUAAUAGUGAAUA